AGUGAAGCUGUAUUAAACACUGCAUGUGUUGGUUCGGGAUUAAUCCGCCAUGCAGAGCUGCUCGUUAGCUCCAGCUCGCCUCUCCAGUCCGCCCCUGUGUCUCUCUCAGACACACGGCUCAGGGCUGCUGCUCGACUCCGCCAUAGAGCACUUCAUCCUCCGGACUGACUUCCACUCCGCGUUCGCCGCCUGUCAGGAGGGACUGGAGACUUUAGCUAAUGCUAAUGCUAAUGAGGAAGAACUGAGCUGUUCCAAGCUCGGAGAGUUGAAAACAGCUCUCUGCAUCGUCGGAAUUCAAGCUCUCGCCGAGUUAAACCGGUGGCACGAUGUCCUGACCUGGGUCUUACAGCAUUAUGGCGAAACGGAGCAAAUUCCAGCAAAGAUCAUGCAGAUGUGCAUUCUUCUCUACGCCAAGGUGGAAGAGCAGGCGGCGGUGCAGGAGGCAGUGCGAACGUGGCUGCACCGCUCCUCGAACUCGAGCCUGUCGGGUUACAGCAGCGUGGCCGAGCUCUACAUCCUGCACGUUCUCCUGCCACUGGGACAAACCGCAGAGGCCAAGCAGCUGCUGACAGAUGAAGUGGGACGACUUGCGUUUACCGAGGAUCAGAGACAAGCCGCACUUACGAUACUGGAGCAUCACGACGCUAAAAAGACGUCUCCAAACGUUUCCUCUCCAAACCCUGAACCUGUCCCUGUAGAGACAGAGGGAACGCCUAUACCUCAAGGGUCGAUGGUCCGGAAGUUGAAUGCAGUGAUGAGGUUAGUGUACAGAGCGCUCUCUCUGGCCGGUGCCUCUGCCUGCUCACGCUUUAUUCACAGAGCCGCUGUCCUGUUCCUCCUGCUCUACCUGCUGCUCAUACGAAUGGACCCAGCUUUGCCCUCAGCUUACCCGUGGAUCCUGCGGCUGUAUGGACUCUGGCAGCAGAUGUGGAAUGCCAUGUUUGGACCAUACUACAGGGCAUCUUCCUAAAAAAAAAAAAAAAAAAAAAACAUUUCUGGAAAAUGAAUCUGUUGAAAAAAAACAACAACAAAAUGAUGAUGAUCAGAAACCCUGUGAACAUUCAAGUUGAUGAAGCACAGCUGUGAUGAGCGUGUUUGCACGGAAAGGCUCUUGAAAUGUUAUCACUCUCUUAGCUGUUCUCACAAGUGCAUGUAAUACAUAUGCAAACACUCUCAGAAAACAAAAAGCUAGUCCUCUUUUUCCUGGACGUGUUCACUGCAAGUGUAAUUUGUUGCUCAGCACAUCGUUCCUGAGAUUUAGCUCAGUUCUUGUUAUUUAAUACGAACAGAGUUAUCGAGAGUUUACGGAUCCUGUAUGUGUGCAGAAGUUAAACGGGGAUGUGGAUGGUGGGGAAGUCAUACUUCUUUGAUCAGUACUACCAAUGAAGGAACAGUACAAUAUGUACUCACACAAACUUACUGAACCUCUCACUACUGUAUGCGAGAGAAGUGUUUGAAAUUACAGUGGCUACAGUGCUUGUUUACUCACAUCUGUUUACUGCAGGUUUUAAUAAUGUAAUAAAUAAAAUAAUUAAUCAUGCCAGACCUUUUUUCCCCACAUUUAAUUUGAUACGGUAAUGAAAAUCCUGGAAAAAUCAAAGAAGACUUGAAAAAGUCAUGAGAUUAUACAUGAGUCUUCCCAUGACCCUGUACAGGAUAAAUGGUAUAGAGAAUGGAUAACCAAAUAAAUUUAUUCAAUUCAAUUCAAACCC